UUCACCGAUAAUGGCGGAAUCAAGGAAAGACGUCAAAACUAUGGAUACAAGUACUGAUAUCCCCUUCCUCGGAGGUGAAUCAGAUCAGAAUGGAAGUGAGGCUGCUGGUGAAGUAAAGGAGAACAUCAGUGGAGACCAAGAAGAAAAUAUCGCCAUGGACAACGAUGAUCAGCCCACAAAAGAAUCAGAGCAGCGUAACCUGAAACGUCCACUUGAAGAUGAACAGAAUAAUCGUAAUCUGAACGAGACUCCCCGACAGCGGCCACGCAAGAGGAAAAAGGUUCCGGGACCAGUGUUACCGAAAAAUGCAUUGAUGCAGCUGAAUGAGAUUCGACCAGGUUUACAGUUUAAGUUUGUUUCGCAGAGUGGUCCGGUUCACGCGCCAACGUUUGUAAUGUCGGUGGAGGUUAAUGGUCAGAUGUUUGAAGGUAUCGGAACAACUAAAAAGAAAGCCAAAUUGCAGGCUGCCGAGAAGGCAUUGCGGUCAUUCGUCCAGUUUCCCAAUGCGUCAGAAGCCCAUCGUGCAAUGGGACGCCAUAUCAUUACGUCUGAUUUUACCUCAGACGCGAUGGACCUCAGCGAUGUGUGUCUAUUUAAUACAUUUGAAUCAUCGCAAAUGGCUGCCGGAAAAGAAAUUGAAAUGAGCAUAACCGAACAGCCAAUGGAAGAAAAAGUUCAAACUCAUAACGGUACUCAUCAAGAAAUACCGCCCGCUGCUCUAAGUACCGGUCCCACACUACGGACACCACUAUCAUCACCCCCGCAAGGAAAGAACCCAAUAAUGCUAUUAAAUGAACUCAGACCAGGACUUAAGUACGAAUUUGUGUCGGAGACCGGCGAGAGUCACGCAAAGAAUUUUGUAAUGUCAGUUGUCAUUGACGGACAAAAUUUCACUGGCUCUGCCAGAAAUAAGAAAAUGGCCAAAGCACGUGCUGCUCAGGCAGCUCUUUCCAAGAUUUAUAAUUUGAUGCCAGCCACUGCUCCUGGUCUUCAGCCAAUUCCAAGUGAUAACACGCAACUACAGACACCGCAAGUGCUCGCUGAUCUUGUGCAUAAGCUAGUACUGACUAAAUUUGGAGAGUUAACGGAUAAUUUUACAUCUCCAUAUGCAAGGAGGAAAGUUCUUGCGGGUGUUGUCAUGACACAUGGUCCCGAGAUGAAUGAUGCGAAAGUAAUAUGUGUAUCGACCGGUACAAAAUGCAUCAAUGGAGAGUACAUGUCAGAUCAGGGUCUGGCGUUAAAUGACUGUCAUGCUGAAAUAGUCACACGACGAUCGUUAGUGCAUUAUUUGUAUACUCAGCUUGAGUUGCAUUUAACAAACGAAGGUGACAAGUCGAUAUUUCAACCAUGUGAUGACGGACAUGGAUACAAGCUACGUGAAGAUGUCCUGUUUCAUCUUUACAUCAGUACCUCACCAUGUGGUGAUGCCAGGAUUUUCUCUCCUCAUGAGACAACUAGUGAAGGUGACUCUACUGAUCGGCACCCGAAUCGCAAAGCACGUGGACAAUUACGUACUAAGAUAGAAUCCGGUGAAGGAACAAUUCCUGUGAAACCAGACUCUUCGAUUCAGACGUGGGAUGGGGUCCUUCAGGGAGAACGCUUGCUGACCAUGUCAUGCAGUGAUAAAAUUGCUCGGUGGAACGUACUUGGAAUACAAGGUGCUCUUCUCAGUAAUUUUAUUGAGCCUGUUUACCUGUCUGGAAUCAUCCUUGGAUCGUUGUACCAUUCUGAUCAUCUAUCAAGAGCGGUUUACUGUCGUUCAGCUGAAAUCGAAGACCUCCCGAGGUUAUUUAGACUCAAUAAACCUCUGCUUUGUGGGAUCAGCAACACAGAAAGUCGACAACCCGGAAAAGCCCCCAACUUCAGUAUUAACUGGAUGGUGACGGAUGAUGGAAUGGAGAUAAUCAAUGCGAUGACAGGAAAAGACGACCAUGGUCGUGCUUCCAGAAUAUCUAAACAUGCCUUGUACCAGCAUUUUAAGCAGCUGUAUGGAAAAAUAUCCACCCUGACGCAAGAAACCCGGAAGCCGCAAUGUUAUAGCGAGGCUAAAGCUAUGGCUGUGGAUUACCAAGAAGCCAAGAUACAAAUGGUGAAGACAUUUCAAAAAGCAGGAUUAGGCACAUGGGUAAAAAAGCCAAUCGAGCAAGACCAAUUUGUGUAAUGGUCGUCUGUUUUGAAAUUAUGCAGUUGCAAUUUUGGCUUCUCAUUAAAAAUCAGCAUUGUUUUUGUAUCAAAAUUAUCAAUGCAUGAUUCAUUUUUCAAAAGCUGUUUUGCACAACUAUUUUGUCUUUUGCUGCAAGUGCAGUGGCGUUAUCAACAUGAAAUGAAAUCAGACUUGCUGUCUCCGCAGCUUACAAACUGUUAGUAUAUGGUGCCAUUUUUCUUAUCGUUAAUUUUUUUUUAAAUAUGGACUUUAGUCUGCAACGGGAUUGGCUUCCUUUGCACUAGAUAAAUCUCUCCCAAUAUAAUGGGGCAGUGUUACGAUGUAUUUGCAUCACGAGAUAGGGUUGGAUGGGAACAAUUCAAUUACAGGCGAAGAGAGCGAAAUGAGAAUAUUGUAGCGAUUUUAGUUGACAUCACCGUAUUAUGAAAAUGCAAAAUGUGGGCAACUUUAAUUGACUAUUGUCAGAACUUGAUUUGUGAACUGUCAUUGCUAGCUGAAAAUUAAUACUAUAUUGAGGUCAUUGACCUUGUAGAGGUCAAAGGUUAGCUUAGAAAGGGAUCUGAGGCGGCUUAUAUGAUACUGAUUUUUUUCUUCACAGAGAAAUGUCUGACAUUUGGAAAUAAAUUGUAAAUUUUGCGUAUGACGGGCAUGAAAAAAGUUGAACUUUACGUUUGUUAUAGCAUUUAUUUGGAUUAUUACCUUCUAUGUGAUUACAGGUUUGUCAAUGGGUGAAAAAUAUUUACUUGCCAGAAGUCAGUUGCUAUGACAACAUAUCAAAAAAAACGAGUUAGGUGAAAGCCUCAGAAGUUAGCAU